GCCAAUAAAUCCCCUCUUAUUGUGAGUGUCGGUGAGUCGGUCACAUACAGGGCAAUAUAAUCAAAAGCUUAGAAAUCCAAAAACAAUAUGUAAAAAUGAUAGGCUAUGGUAAAUCAAUCGCAACUGUAAUAAUCUUGCUUUCAACAAUUUUCAUCACAUACACAAUCACAUUCCAAACUAUCGAUUUUAAAUCACAUUUAUCUUUUUUCACCGUGUUACCAAAAUCAAAAUUACCGCCAUGCCGUUCCGGAUCACCACUUAGGGUUUUCAUGUACGAUUUACCUCACAGAUUUAAUGUCGGUUUAAUGAACGGUAACUUCACCGGAAACGCUACUUUUGCGGUCACCGCUUCCAAUAUUCCGGCGUGGCCGAAAUAUGCGGGGUUGCAUCAGCAACAUAGUGUUGAGUAUUGGUUAAUGACGUCAUUGUUGUAUGUAGAUAAUAAUAAUAAUAAUAGUGAGGUGGUUAGGGUUUUGAAUGGUGAUGAUGCUGAUGUGUUUUUUGUUCCGUUUUUUUCGUCUUUGAGCUUUAAUAAGUUUGGGAAUAACAUGACUGAUCCUGAUAAUGAAUUCGACCGGCAAUUGCAGGUUGAUAUCCUUAAGUUCUUAAGGAAUUCUAUCUAUUGGCAAAGAACUUCUGGAAGAGAUCAUGUAAUCCCCAUGCACCAUCCCAAUGCUUUCAGAUUUCUUCGGGAAGAGGUGAAUGCAUCUAUUCUUAUUGUAGCAGAUUUUGGCCGUUACUCCAGAAGCAUGGCAAGCUUACGCAAAGAUGUUGUUGCUCCUUAUAAGCACGUGGUGGAAUCUUAUGUGGAUGAUGAACCUCCAAACCCUUACAAGCUUCGUAAGACCCUUCUUUUCUUCCGGGGAAGAACUGUGAGAAAAUCUGAAGGCAAAGUUCGUGCUAAGCUGGAAAAAAUACUAAAAGGUUAUGAGGAUGUCCAUUUUGAAGCAAGCUACGCUACAGGAGAAGGCAUAAAUGCUUCUACCCAUGGCAUGCGGUCAUCAAAGUUCUGCUUGCAUCCUGCUGGAGACACUCCUUCCUCUAACCGUCUGUUUGAUGCUAUCGUGAGCCACUGUGUCCCUGUGAUUGUGAGUGACCAUAUUGAGCUCCCGUUUGAGUCUGAACUAGACCACUCUGAAUUCUCAAUUUUCUUAUCCGUAAAAGAAGCUUUGGUUCCUGGCUAUAUGGUUGAACAUCUCAGAAAAAUACCGAAAGAGAGGUGGCUUAAAAUGUGGAGACGGCUUAAAGAAAUCACACACCACUAUGAAUAUCAGUACCCUCCAAAGAAAGAUGAUGCAGUUAACAUGAUAUGGAGACAGGUUAGGACUAAAGUUCCCGCUGAACGACUUGCUGUAAAUAGAAACCAAAGGCUAAAAAUUACUGAUUGGUGGUGAUUAUUUUGACAUUGUCGCCAUAACCAAUUGAUGUCGUUAUGAGAGUUUGAGCUUGUGCCUGGUUGAGGCACUCCUGGUAACACGAUGUCGUGCCUGCAAACAUGAAGUUUGAGCUCUCGAUAUCUGGAUUAUCCUGAACCAAGUUUUGACUUGGAUUUGUUUGGUUGACCUUUAACACGGCUGAUGGCGGUGGCUAAUAUUCCCAUGCAUCAAUAUAUUGUACUGAUUAAUGUACAAUUGGGAAGCCACAUAUUAGAUAUGAGUACCAUCAAGAAUUUCUUGGCUCUUUCCCUGAACGUUAAAAGCAUAUAAUAUAAUUUUCUUGGAAUGUAGUUUCAUUAAUAGUGCAAAAAGAUGUACUGUAUUAGUAUAAAUGAAGUCAUUGUUGUGUUUUUUUUUUCUUCUUUA